ACCCAAUCCGGUCCAAUGUUAUCAUUCCAAUGAAAGUGGGCGCAGCCUCCAGUCCGCGGAAACGAUCCUCGUACCAGACGGUCGUUAUUUUAAUAUAUGACGUUACGCUCACUUCAGGUGAGUUCGAUCAUCAAAGAUGGCAAGUGGCAAGGAGAGCGAUGUAACGACGAGUGCAGUCAGCAGACAAGAAUCCAACAAACCACGCAACAGCAGGUCACUUCGCCGAUUACAGCACAACGGCCAGUCGUCGGCAACCGAAGCGGUAGGCGAAGAAGCGAGCGCUCAAAUGAACCCACAGGUUGCUACCUCAAGCGCAGAGUGCGGUGAGCAUUCAAGGACAUUCGUCCAGUGCUCUACCAAGACAAGUUCACGAGAAAGUGAAGGCGAUCCAAGGUAUAUCCCGACUGUUUCCCGUCAUGAGACUGUUGAAUCAUUACAACAGCCAUCACAACAGUUGGCAGUCACUCAAUGUCCUAAGAAAGGUCUUCCGCUUAGUCCUGACAUCAGGAGAGGUGACCCCACUGGUCACUUGCAAUUAGGAAGUCGACAAUGGUAUUGGAAAGAUCUGGACAGAAACAGCGCCAGAGCCAAACUAUUGGGCAAACCAGAAGGAACGUUCCUGAUCAGGCCGACGUCUGAUGCAUGUCACUACUAUGCUGCUAGUAUGGUGAAAUCGGGCAAAGUCUACCAUCUGUUAGUCAAACACUGCAAAGGUUGGUGGAGUUUCUACAACAACAUGAAGCCUUGCAAGCCAUCUGUCAUUGAACUGGUAGAGUCUGCUAUAGAAGAUUCGAAGAGAGGAGUCGCUAUGUCAUCUGUAAUUGGGCCAGUGUUUCUGCUUCAACCCUUGCUAAAAGCUAUUACAGUCCCAUCUCUUCAGGAUCAGUGUGGACUAAUCAUUCAAGUGUAUACCCCAAGACAUAUGAUCAGCAAACUGCCAUUGCCAAACAGAAUAAAAAAAAGUUUAAUCAACUCUAACAGAUAUUAAAGGAAGUUUAGGUGUUGACACUUGUGGAAUCUUACUGUUAUGAUAUAUGAGAGAUACUACCCAGUAAACAAUUUAGAAAUCUGUGACAAAUUUAGAAUACAAUAGUUGUUACAAACUGACAA